UUGUGUGUGUAUGGGAUUUAGAUCAGGUCGAGGGGAGGGGGAGCAUCUGUUUUCAUAUCUGGGAAAAAAAAGAAAAGAAAAAAAAGGAAACAAAUGGCAGUCAGAGAAGGAGUCGGGAUCGGGAGCGCGGUGCCGAAGAAGGAAGAGCAGCAGGCCAAGUUGAUGUCCAACAAAGAGAGGAGGGAAGGAGACAGCAGGGGGGUAGGAGAAGGCGGGGGCGGAGGAGGAGGAGGAGGAGGAGGAGGAGGAGGUGAGGUAGGAGAAAGAGCGAGAGGAGAAGUAGGAGGAAGGGAAGGAGGUCGGGAUCCCACCUAUCACGUAAGACAGGGGUAUUACUCCCGCAUCGAUCACGGGUGUAUUGAUGCUUGCCCUGUUGGGAUACCUACUAUCACAGGGGAAGAUGCCCCUUGCUCUGCCGCAGGGCCAGCAUCAGUAGAUGGUAGCGAGAGAAUAAGACGACGAAAACGAGGAGGGGAACAGAGAGGAGGAGGAGGAGGAAAAGGAGGAGUGAUAUUCGUCCCUUUCUAUUACAAUGUAAGGAAGAACUACAGCGCACUGCUGGGAGUUCGACAAGGCGCGACCAAAGAGGAGAUUUCCGAGGCGUUCGCACAGCUGUUGAAACUGUACCAUCCCGAUCCUGUACAAACACCGACCAGCAAUCGGUCUCGAUCGGGAUCGGGGGCAGAAGAUGACGGAGGAAGCCAGCAUGGCAGUGGUGCUGCUAUGGGCCGUCCUCCUCUUCCUCGUCCGCGUGCGACAGGAUCCCAAUCUCCUUCGCGCAUUCAUCAGGACGGAUGGCAAGGGAAGGAGGGGGAGGAAGAGGAGGCGGAGGCGGAGGGGAGGGAUGGGGGUCGGGGUGGGGGGAAUGAGCCGCCGCAAGGGAGAAGCAUAACAUCACGUCGUCGCGGAGUCCAUGCAUCAAUGCCGUCGUGGGACGGAUCCUUAAAAGGCAGGCUGUUAGACUUCCACGUGUCAAGCCGUCAGCGGCUGUUCGAAGAGCUGAACGAAGCUUAUGAGGUGUUGAUGGACGAUGAGCUGCGGAAAAAAUACGAGUUUUCCAGAGAGCUGCUUUUGUUGAGCAG